AUGUCAUCCAAAAAUGAAAAACAGAGUACUCAUGUCAGCGAAUUUCGAGGAUUCGAGCAAAAAUCCAGAACAGCCAAAUCAAAAGCUAUUUCAUCUAAGAAAUCACAUCUCGAAAGAAAAGCCAAGAAAGCAGAAUUAGAAAUAGAGACCAAGAAACUGGAAUUAGAAAUACACAAACUGAAACUGAGACAGCUGGAAAUUGAGGAGGAAACUUCUAUCAACCAUUCACAAGAAGCAGAUGGUACAGUUACAGACGUUGAAAAUAAUAUUCAAGCUUGGGCAGAUUUAGGAAAACACUGUCGAUACUGGAGAGAUGAACACUCAAUUUAUAAAACUCUCUGUAAAGAUAUGAAGAUCAAAAAUUCCCUCCGUAAUAGGAAAAGAAUUUAUAAUGCCUGGAAAAGAUUCGAAAAUGACGAUCAGACGAUUUCCGAAAAUGGUAUCCAUCCUCAAACCACUGACCAGAUUUUCAUAGACAAAAAUUAUGAAUGUAGAAAUAUGUUCCCUUCUGAAACAUUCUUGAACGAUGAAGGUAUCCAUAGUUCGACCAUAAUAGAUGAACGAAAAAUUCUUCAUGAUGAGUUUAUCGGAUCAUGUCAAUUCGAUAAUCAAGAUGAUGUGGAAGAAGAAGAGUAUUUGGAAAAUGGUGAGACUUCCACCCUGAUGCCAAAAACUGUUCGGAAAACAGAUCAGACAUAUGUUGAUAAGCCCGAAGGGAGUUUAAGUUUCAAUAAAAAAUCGAAGGCAGACGAGUGUAUUAUGGUAUCUGGAUCCAAUUCGGCUAGCUCCGGCAAAAACAAUUCAGUCGUGAAUUGUAACCCUGACACAUUGCUUGAAGAUAGUGAAGAAAAUCCGGAUAUCACUCCAGAAACGUUUGAUAUUCCUUCUGUUUUAUUGAACUUAUCGAGUCCAGGAAAAUCGUCCGACUUAUUACCUUUAAACUCGAAAAAUGCACGUUCUAAUGUUAAGAACUCAUUCAAAGACUGUCACGUGAAAGGUGUUGAACGGUCGUUAGUGAAAAAAAAACUAAUACAUGAAAUGCCUCUCAACUACAAGAAGAAAACAUUCCUGGAGGCAAAUGAAAAAUUACUGAAACAUGGAAAGUCUUUACAAAAUAUAAAAUCCGAUGCUGUAGUCCGAAAAAUAAAAUCAGAAGUGAUGGGUCAAUUGGAUAGAAACAAAAACGAAUUACUUGAUAUCAUUCUCAUGCAAACCGAUCAUCCAGAAUUCAUAAAAGAGGUGUGCGUACCAUUUAACGUCAAAUUAUAUAGUAAUGAACAACUUGAAGUACUAAAAAAUGAAAACCAAAAGAGCGGUAUGCAGUUUAUAUAUUUUGAUGCUACAGGAGGCGUAGUUCGAAGUCCUAUUCCUAAUUCGAAUAGAAUAUAUUUUUAUACAGCCGUCAUAAGAAUAGGAAAACCAAAGAGGAUAUAUCCGGUUUUUUCUAUGAUAUCGUCAACCCAUGAUGUCAAUUCUAUAUUCAGAAUCAUGAGCGAUUUUCGUUAUUUCUGCGAAAUCAAUAACUACUGGCCAGCAUUUUCUGGAGUGGUAUCUGAUUUCAGCUUUGCUAAUUUACACGCUAUAAGCAAAGCUUUCAACAGGUGUUCUCUUCUCGAGUAUCUCCAAAAAUGUUAUAUCUUGAAUGAAAAUGGUCAGAAUUUAAAAGACGAAUCUCUGGUGGGAGUACAUCUUUGUUGUGCACAUUACAUGAAAAUGGUUGCAAAAGAUGUUAAUAACCUAGCAAAGAAUGAAACACAACAUACUUUCUUGAAGGAUCUCAUAGCUGCCUUGAUCUUGAUGAAAACAAUAAGAGAAUUUGAUAUUGCUAUUAAGUAUGUCUACAUAUUACUGAAAACUGAAUUCGUUAAUAGGGACACUGAAAUUGCAAUAUAUUCUCUCAGAAUGCACUUAUCGAAAAAAGCAGAUCAGGAUCACUUCGACGAUGAGAAACUCGAUGACUACGAAACAAAUAAUUCGAAAUCAGACGGUCUUAUGAAAUCAAGUCCCUAUUAUAAAAGAUUCUCGCAGAUAACCAAUUCAAUCAAAUUGGAUAAUUCAACAGGAGCCGAGGACAAUCCAUUUUAUAAUGAUGCGUUCAUGGAUUUGAUAUUAUAUAAGUAUUUACCUCUCUGCCCACUUUGGAGUGCUCUCAUGUUGACAGAUGAAUGUUCUGUUAGCAAUUCAGUGGUCGAAAACUAUUUUGGGCAAUUGAAAAGAAUUAGAUUAGGUGGUUCGAGAAAUUUAAGGUGUUCUCAGUUUGUACGAAAAUUGAGAGAAGAUGUUGUAUCCCUUAAAAUCGAAGGCUGCUUAGAUAUUGGCAAAAGUCGAUUGACAAUAGGGGACCCAUUUGAUGAGAAAUUAUCGAAAGAAGAAUGGAAUAAAAAACCGAACAAACAUACGAGUACCCAUUUUGAAGGUAGAUUCCUCAAGAUAGUGAAAAAGGAGAAGGAUAAAUUAUUCAAUACCAACAUAAUUUUUCCGGAAGAUGAUGAUGAAUUACCAUUUUGUGCUUACUGUGGUCAUGGCAUUGUCGAUGAAUGUACUGCCUGGGUGAAAUGCGAUGAAUGUGAAAAGUGGAUUCACCAAAUGUGUGCAAAAGUGAAGAAAGAAGACCUUGAGGACACUUAUUUACCAGCAGAAUCUGCAGUUGACAAUGCAUUUGUGAAAAGUCACAGUAAAAUUGAUUUAGUUAAAAUCGAGAAUAUAAAAGAAGAAGAAGACAGAAAUAAUGAGGAGACAUAA